GGGACGCGGGAAGGACCUCGCUCAGGCACCACGAACGGCAGCAGCAGUCUUGAAAAUGGCCGACGCUCGAUACUGUUGAGGUGCAGGUCGGCACUGGCAGCUUUUGUGAUUGCGAUUCGUGUGGGCUUUUUGUGACCGAGAGCGACAUGGUUCCUUUGGUGGGCGGCGAUCCCGUCUUCUCCCCGCCGACCCGCAGCUGGGCUUAGAAAGGGAAGGGAGGUGAAAGACGAUGUGGGCGUGAAAUAACGACGAGAGGAGAGGAGAGAGAGAGAGAGAGAGAAGAGGGCGGCCCACCCCGUCUUAUAACAACAUCCUCCUCCUCGGACGAGAAGACGACGAGGAGCCCUCCGUCAAAACCUUUCCAUUUCUGCCGUGAAACCGCCCCACCGGGUCUUGGGAGACUUGCAGUGAUGGGGGAGGCUGUCGUGGACCAAGUCUGCCCCCGGAGGCCAGACAUGGACGAGUGAGAGAGAGAAAGAGUGAGAAAAAGAGAGAGAGAGAGAACAACAACGCCGGAUUGUGGUGACUCUGCUCCUCCUCCUCCUCCUCCUACAGCUCCCGACGAAGAGGACGACGUCUCCUCUCAAGAGAGAGAGAGAGUCAGGGAGAGAGUGAGAGUGAGAGUGCGAGAUAGAGAUACAGAUCGGGAGGGAUAGAUUGCCCCCCUUUACUACUCAUUUCUGUUUUGUGCCGUGAUCGUGCCGCCCUUCGAGGGGGGCAGGGCGAGAGCCUAAAAGAAAUCCGUCAAGAUGUGGAACAUGAUGUGUGACGUGAUGCCGACCAUCGCGGAGGACAGCAUCUCCCAGCGAGGGGGAUCGCAGUUCAGCGGCGGCGGCGACGAGGCCAAUUUCGAACAGCUGAUGGUCUCGAUGCUCGACGAGAGGGACAAGCUGCUCGAGACCAUCCGGGAGACCCAGGAGAGGCUCAACGAGAUCGAGGCCAAGUACCACGACCUCGAGAAGGAGCGGGACAGCCUCCAGCGACAGCUCGACGCCAAUCUGCCGCAGGAGUUCGCCACCCUCACGAAGGAGCUGAACGGCGCUCGGGAACAAUUAUUGGAACGUGAUGAGGAGAUUACGGAGCUGAAGGCCGAGAGAAACAACACAAGGUUGUUGUUGGAGCAUCUGGAGUGUUUGGUGUCAAGGCACGAGCGCUCCCUAAGGAUGACGGUGGUCAAACGUCAGGCAGCAUCACAGUCAGGGGUGUCAUCUGAGGUGGAAGUUUUGAAGGCUCUUAAAUCGCUUUUUGAGCAUCACAAAGCUCUGGAUGAAAAGGUACGGGAAAGAUUACGGGUGUCUCUUGAACGUGUGGCUUCUCUUGAAGACGACCUUAACCACACCAGAGAUGAGUUGAACCAGUACAAGUUAGGCAAACUGCCUGGAGAUGGUGCUGAGAGUGAGCGCAUCAAUGGCGAAGCAGAGUCUGGAGAGGGCGUGGGAGGCAACGGAAGUGGGGGCGGGUCAGGCGGUGGUUCUAACGCAGAUGGGUCUUUACAGGGUGGGGCUGCUACCACAGGCGGGGCCUCCGAUUCGGACGGGGCCUCACACGGCAAGUUGGUCGACCUUCAGACUUCCCUCGACAAGCAGACAGCAGAACUGAAUGCAGCGAGGGAAAGAGUGCGAGAGCUUCAAAAUCGUUUGCAGGAGCUCGAGGAAAAUCUGACAUUAACCCAAAAGGAGCUUGUAAAAGCACAGGAGAUUAAUUCUCGACUUCAGAGAGAUUUAAAGGAAAACGUAGCACAAAAAGAAGAUCAAGAGGAGCGCAUUGCAACGCUAGAGAAGAGGUAUCUCAAUGCUCAGAGAGAAUCUACUUCUUUACAUGACCUGAAUGAAAAGCUGGAAGAAGAACUGAAAAAUAAAGAAGCACAGUACAAGUUACAAGAAGACAAGAUACGUGCAUUGCAAGAAAAAGUGGAAUUGAGCGAACAGAAGCUUGCGCAGUAUGCCAAACUCCCUGAUGUUGAACAGGAGUUGAAGCAACGCAUGGAGGCCUUACAUCAGAAGCCCCUUUCCCAACAGGUCCAAGAAAAGCAUGGUAGCGCCGAAGAUCGUAUCCAACGUUUGGAGAAUCAGCUGGAAGAAAAAGGUGCUGAAUUGCUACGACUGAAUCAGAGGUUGAAGAUGAAUGAAGAGCACAAUUCCAGGUUAUCUGCUACUGUUGAUAAGUUACUCCAAGAGUCAAAUGAAAGACUACAAGUUCACUUGAAGGAAAGAAUGCAUGCUUUAGAAGAGAAGAAUGGACUCACUGCUGAACUUGAGAGAACCAGAAAAAUAUUAGAAGACUCCACGCAAGAAAAGAAUGAAAUAUUGAAAGAAUUGUCAAGACGGCAGCUUGAGGCUGAGCAACUGAAGCAACAGAUGUUGCAGCAAGAAAUUGCCUUCAAUAUUAAACAAACUGAAUCUUUGACAAGGUCAUUGUCACCAACGGGAGGGGAGUUUGUACGCAGCACUUCACACUCCAGCUUCGAUUCGAGAUCCUUGCCACGUCGUGCACCCUCGGCUCCACCCCCUCAGAAGAGAGGUCCCUUACUUGAUGAAGAAAAUAACCAGCCUGGAGGUGGCUGGGAACUUGGUGGUAGUCAUAUUCCUCCAACAUUCAGUGGCGGCGAAGGAGGCGACAUCUCCGAUGGCGAAGCUGAGGAUGCUGAAUCCAUUUUCUCCCACAUGGACAUGUUGUCCCCAUCUCACCACACCGAUGCUCAGACACUUGCGCUGAUGCUUCAAGAACAGUUAGAUGCUAUAAAUAAUGAGAUAAGCGACCUUAUGGGGGGGACAAGAAGUUCUCUGGGGGGGACUGAGGCUUAUUGGGGCAUGAUCUCACCCCUUCCCCCCGCUUCGUGGGAAACCCUGCCAGAACAACAAAGCAGGUUAAUUCAAGAAGAAAAGCAAACUACAGAGGCUCGCGCUGAAGAACUGGAGUCCAGGGUUGGUAGCGUUGAGCAUAUGAUGCUUCGGGGUCGAUCUUUGGAACGACCCUCGCCGCCUAUUUCCGGUCGAUCGACUCCCAAGUCCCACCAUUCACCUUCGCGUGACUACUUACAAAAAUACCAUACGGCCCCGGCUGGCAUGUCUCCUUCCCAUAUGUACCAGUACAUGAAUGACCGACGUCUCUCAGGGGGAUCUCUGCCCGGCUCCCAGGGUAAUUUAGCCAACAUGAAUAGAACAGAGGGCCGUGACGAAAGCCAGCUCUCAUUAGGGAUGCGAAGCGAAGGGUCUCCACCCACUCCACGGUCACUGCGUAUCAUGCCAGGCCCAGCAAUGGCCCCUCCGACCAGUCUUGUGCCAGGAGGUGGUAAUAUUGGGGGACCGGGCGGGGGACCACCUUCUCAACUGGCCAGUCUGGCAGCAUCGUCUGAAGACCUGAGGAGGUACACUCAUGUGCCUGACCACUCCUCGCCUGCCUCUACUCUCUCGCCUGCCCUCCAUCACCACCCCUACUCACCAGGAAGCAGUGUUGUCACUCCGGGUCAGCCCCACUACCCCUCCAACUGCAGCCUUCUCUCCAGCCCCAUGCUCAGCUCACAAGAGUCCCUUCACAAAAUGCACAUAACUAAACCAAAAAAAUUUGGGUUAAAAGUUGAUCUUGGAAACUAUUUUUCAAGAAAGUCGAAACAGGUGAAGGUGAAGGAUGCUCUGCAACAGCACCAUAGUCCUGGUGGGCUUAGUUCUUCAGGUAUCUACAGCGACGGAGAUAUAGGAUCUUCAGACUCUUUAUCCUUGGCUGGUCUAGGGCAGAAGAGUGACUAUGAUAGACGGACUAAGAAAAAUUUGCCUGGUUAUAGGCAUGAGCUUCUAGCAGAAGCCAUGAAGGCUGGUACUCCAUUUGCGUUGUGGAAUGGUCCAACGAUAGUUGCUUGGUUGGAGUUAUGGGUUGGCAUGCCUGCUUGGUAUGUUGCAGCGUGUCGAGCUAAUGUAAAAUCUGGCGCCAUUAUGUCAGCUUUAAGUGAUGCUGAAAUUCAGCGGGAAAUAGGCAUCUCCAAUCCUUUACAUCGUUUAAAACUUAGGUUAGCAAUUCAAGAAAUGGUUUCCCUAACUUCUCCAUCGGCACCAAAAACCUCUCGGACAACUUUAGCCUUUGGGGAUAUGAACCAUGAAUGGGUAGGCAACGAAUGGCUUCCAGCACUGGGACUCCCUCAGUAUAGAACAACAUUUAUGGAAUGCUUAGUUGACGCUCGAAUGUUAGACCAUCUUACCAAGAAGGACCUUCGAGGGCAGCUUAAAAUGGUAGACUCAUUUCAUAGAACCUCAUUACAAUUUGGCAUCACUGCAUUGAAAAAAAUAAACUACGACCGUGUGGCAUUAGAGGAUCGUAGACGCAAUUGUGAAGAAGAAAAUAUAGAUGUUUUAGUGUGGACCAAUGACAGAGUUAUUAAGUGGAUCACAUUUAUAGGCUUAAAGGAGUAUGCGAAUAAUUUAAUAGAAUCUGGGGUGCAUGGUGCGCUUGUAGCCCUAGAUGAAAGCUUCGAUUACAAUGCUUUAGCUUUAGCAUUACAGAUUCCUACUCAAAACACUCAGGCAAGACAGCUAUUAGAGCAGGAAUUCCGGAAUCUUUUAACGACUGGAACAGAUCGCACAGAUAUCAACAAGUCUUGACAUGAGGCCCCCACUGCUAAGGAUGCUGAAGCUAGGCUUGUUUAAAUAAAUCCAAAGAAAAUCUUUAGGGUCACCAGUGUCAACAUUGUGAAACGAUAGUCGUGCAUUCCUUAGACCCAAAAUGUUGGGGUUGACUUCCUCAUCAUGAACUCUUCAGUAAGUGAUAGUUAGCCUAGAAUGCACAAAUGAGUUUAAACUUGACAGUGGUGUUAUUAUUGUCAUGAAUUUCUUGUAUAGAUGAAUGACAAAAUGUGCAGGGAUAGUGUGUUGAACUACUGGUGUCCUGAGCUGGACUAUUCAUCAUCUGCCUUGUCAUUUCUACUCAUAAUGAGCUUUGCAGUCAAACUGUGUCUAUUUCAUGCAACAGUAAUGGAAAGGGUGAUUUGUACAAUAACUAUUGGAAGAAGGGUGAAUUGAGCAGGGAACUCCCUGGCAAAAAACCUAAUCAACUGUGCUAAACCGAAUCGCCUUUCCGGAACCUCUAGUCGAUGGUGGCUAUGGACCAGUGAGACAACAAGCCUGUGGUAUGGUGUGUUCUGUUGAGCUGAUACAUAUGAGGUUAGGUUAAGCCAAGUCAUGUCAUAGCUGCUGCUAGGUGGAUGUGAUUUCUUAUACCUGGCAUCAUGCAGGGCUGUGAGUCUCGCUACAUGAUAUGAUACUGUGAUGAUGUUGACUGGAUGAAUAUGUAUGGUUGCUAUACUUUAUCAGAAAUUUUAUUAUGAAAUGGUGCAUAUAACAUAUGGGCAUACAUAGAUUUAAAAAAAAGUGUUAGUGUAUGUACUCAGAAAAAGUAGACAUGGCAGCUUGUGAAAACUGUGCUGCUGUUGCUGCUGCUUAAACAAAGGAGCUUCUUGGUAACUUUGAAAAAACAGAUGUAACCAUGAUGUGUUGUGUGAGUUACCCUUUCCUCUAGAAUUAUUAGGCUGCUAGAGUGGAUGCUCAUCCCUUGUAAUAAUAAUUUGCUCUAUAUGUUGGUAGCUCUAAUGUUUAAUGACUUGGGUUUGAAUGAUUACCUCUUUAAUAUUUAUGUGUGUUUGACCCUCAUACCUCCACAAUAUUUAUACCAUUUGUGUGAAUGAUUAAAGUAUAUGUAUGGAUGGGAAGACUGCGUUCUCUUGUAUUAUUUAUGGUGUGUUCAUGAGUUUGCCAUUUAGUAACAUCAUCAUCUAUGAUUUAACUAAGUGUAUGUUUUCACCAGACUGUACCAGCUAGGUUAUUCAGUUGGGUAACAUAUCUCCACUUGAAAAAUAACGAGGAAAAUAUUUGCAUGCAUACGAAUGUCUACGGACAUUUGAAACAACAUUUUUCAUUGGGGGUGAAUGUCUCUUAGCGCCAUCUUCAAGUAUAGUACUGUACAUAGUUAGAGCCAAGUACAUUAAGCUGAGAAGUAUUGAUGUUUUCAGUGCAAAGCUCUGGAAAUUAAUCAUACUGCCAAUUUAUGACAAUAAGUUUUUUUAAUCACAGUUCGAAAAUCCUAUCUAGAAAGUGGUGCUGCAACUAUUUAGUUUUACAUAUAGGAAUCAUGAAGGUUUUGUUUUUUUCAUAAUCUAGUAGAAAACCAGUUCAAUUGCUACAUAUAUUACAGCCAGUUUCAAGAAUUCAUUGAGGAUACUUUCAGAUUUUGGCAUUUUAUAGAAAUGGUGCAAGUGGAAGCUAUCAUUUGCAAAAUUCUUAGCAAGAACCUUAUAGGGAAGGUAUCUGGUAAUGGAAAGAUAUUGAUGGGUAUGCAAAAGUAUUCUUCUAUCAGAUCCCAGUCUUCCCAUAUAUUAGUUGUCAUACUCCCAGUGGUGCAUUACUCUUUCUUUAAGUAACUGCAAAAAUUAAGUAAUAUGUACUUCGCUUACAAUUCUUAUGACAAAAAGCCUAGUGUCAAAGGUCUUUCAUCAUUUCUUGACUUCCAUGCCAUUGUCAAGUUCCCAACUUCUGCCGGAUCAAAGCAUUCCAUACAUUUUUUACCAACACAACUUGUCCUUUUGACAAGGAACAUCAUGUACUUUCAGAUAUUCUUUUAAUUUUGUAUUUCACGAACUUGCAUAUUUGUUUAUCAACCAGUUUGCUGGCAUUGCCAUCUGAAUCAAAUGAAGUUCAGAUUAAUGAAUUAGAUUUAUUUUGGCUGUUGAACUUUGAUGCUCCUUCAAACCUGGAAUGUAUCUAAACUACUUAUUGAACUCCAAGGGAUUGAUAAACUUUAUAACUUUGGUAUAUUUGAUUGUUUUAAUUUUUUAUUUUGAAUUAUCAGUAGUUUAUGACGUAGAUAUGGUUUUGUCAUAUAAAGUGGGAUGUAUGUAGCCUUUGAUACUGAACAAAACUUGCUUGGAUUAUUGUUGUCUUAUUGUGAGUUUGAGGCUUAGUAGUUGGAAUGAGAAUGCACUAUAGAUACACUGUAACCAAAGUCUAAAUUAGUGUUGAUUCCUUAUUUUUUGAAUAAAAGGUAUGUAUCAUACCAAGUUAUGCUGUAUAAGGUACAGACACAUGGUAGGGUAGGACAUUGUUAAAAUGAAAACAUUGCUGCUGAUGUGUCAAGUGAUAAGAUAGUUUCUUAUUAUCAGCCUUUCAGAGAACUUUGCAAAGUUUCUAAAACCAAGUGCCUCCCUGACUUUGCAGUAAAACUUUAUGAAAUCUUUUAUUAUAGCAUUCAUCUAAAAAGACCAUAAACUAAGUUUAGCACCAUUAUAUGUCAAAGUAUAUUACAGAAUUUGUGUAGCAUUCAAUAUGGAUAUUUAAGUUGUAUAGCAUACCUUUUAGAUACAGUGAGGUUAGUAAAAUAUUUAGCACUAUAGUCAUUAAAUAUGUUGACUAAAAUGGUCAGUGGCAUAGAAAACAACGUGAAUGUGAAUCACUAAGAUAAAACCUCAAGCUGAUUUGGAUUGGAAAAAUCUCAAGCUGUGUAUGCAUAAUAACUGCAACUGGGUACUUGGUAAUCAUCAUGCAAAAAGAUGGCAUACUCCCCCCCCCUCCUCCCCUUAGAUGUUUUUCAUGUGAUGUGAUGCACUCAUUACUGUAGUCCAUUAUGAAAUCAUGGUGGCUUAUUGUAAAUUACCUUUCAUUACCAAUAUUUCAGGGUGCGUACUCUUAAAAAUUUAUAUUCCUGUACUUUUGCUGUUUCAAAUAUCCAUAAUUUCUGUUGUAUUGUGAUGAAAUUAAUUCUUAGAAAACUUUAGUGAAAGAAUUCAUUACAGCUAAGCAUACAUAUACUCUUAGAAUUGUCAAUUCUCAACUUGUUCACCAUCACAUGCUGCCAUGCUUUCCACACUUACAGUGGGUCUUCCAUGUCACAGUUUGAUUAUGAUGAAACUUUUUUUUCUUGAAUUUCUCCACUGUCAGUUAGAAGGCAAUCAUACCUCACACCUGACUGUCUUACUCACUCCACCCUUCAAUAAAAUAGGAAAGGUCUGUUUUCUCAGUAUUGCAUUUCUGCCAGUAAGGAUGAAAACAAGGAAAUUAACUUUAGUAAACUUUUGAAGACCUAAAGAAUAUAUUUUCUGAUUUGUAAAUUUACCUUCUCUCAGUUUUGUUUUGAAUGUUUAUUGCCUCUGUCAAAGAGAAUGGUAAUGUGUUUAUGUGUUUGUAUCAACCAAACCAUUGGAAAAUUAUUGCCUUAUGCUUCCAUUCAAGUUAUCAGUGUACUAUGCACACAUUACCCAAGCAGGAAAAGAUGAUUAUGCUUAAAUGGUGAAAGAAGCUGUCCUCUCGGAAGGAGUGAGAACCCUAUGUUUCUUACCUGUCUCAUCUUUACAGAACAGUCCAUUUUCUUCUUUUCUCAUUUUUGCCUCUGUUUUCACAUUCAUCAUUAACAUGUUUGCCUCUUCUUUUCCCUUCAGUUUUUUUUCUUUUAUGCUUCUUGGUUUUAUGUAGUGCAGACCUCAAGUUCCCUUUCCUUCAUCUAUAUUAGUUUUUUAAAAUUAAUUUUACUGGAUUUCCAGCUGGCGCUAGGAGAUUAUCCUAAUGUUAAGACCGAAGGUUUGUUAGUUAUGAAAAAUACAAAUUGAUUAAAAAGAUUUUCAUUUUAAAGAUAUUUGCUAUUCUUGUCUGGUGUGCCAUUUCUGCAGCCUUUAUUCUUGUUUAAAUCUUGCAGGAUAUAUUUUUAUAGUAAAUAUAAUUCUGAUUGUGUAAGUGUUCACUGAGGCAGCCCUUUUAGGUAUGGUAUGCAAAGAUUUUUUUGCAUUGUCGUCAUGGACUAAGUAUGAAAUUGUAUUUUAUUCCUUUAAAAGAAAUUUUAAAUGAUUAUGCUCAGAGUGCAAAGGGCUCUCCCUCCAACAUCUGGUUUGCCUUCUCCACAGAAAAUAGGCAUUUAGUCAUUUUCUUCCAUUUUAAUUAUUAUGGACCUCUACCUUGAUUAUCUUUUAAUAAACUACUUUUUUUUUUCUUAAUUUUUUCUUGUUUUGGUGGGGAUGGAGUCAGUUUGUCAGUUUUUUAAUUUUUAUCAUACAUCCGUAAGAAGAUGGAUUCUUCAUUUGUUUUGUAUUCUUACCUGACACUAUUCCUUUAGUUUGGCUGCUGGUUUCUGCUAAAUUAUACUUACUUCCAAUUGCCUAAGUAGAUAGAUACUCAGCUAUCAUAAGUAAUGGUUCAUUUUGUGUGAACGUGUGAAAGUGCUAUAUAUUUUGUAUGGUAAUUGCAAGCAAGUGGAUAUAAGAGAAGUUCCACCUCUUUCCUGUCUGAUUGGACGCAGAUUUGUCCGUGUUUGAGUAACUUUCAUACUGGUGCAGGUUACAUGGAAAACAUACAAAUCUUUCACUACAAAGGUGCAUUUUUCUUGUCACUUAAGUAGAGUCAUCAUUCCUGUUUUGGAACUGUAUGAAUAAGGUGUACAGUGGCUAUCUAAGAUAAUGGUUUUUAAGUAUGAGAAAAUCUGUCUCGGCAUCUCUUUUUAAUAUUAGGAUUAUUUUGCUAUGUAAAGCAAUUAUGCAUAAUUAUUACUGCAAACCAAAAGUAAUUCGUUCCAGCACUGAAAAGACAUGUUGGUUUGUAUAUUUCACAAAGGAAAAUUCACUUUUUUCCCCUGAAUUCCAUUGUUUAUUAUUCUGUAUGUUUUGGGAUGUAAAAUUAUUAAAAGGUGAUAAAUUUUUCAUUUACGGUAUACUAAGACUAAGUACUUAGAACAAAAAAGUUUAAAACCAAAGUGAUCCACCUGUUUGCCAUAAUAUGUAGCCUGCGUCUUGGGUCAAGAAAUAUCUCAAGAUAGAUCUUCUGGCAGUUAACUUUCACCCAGAUACUGAUGGGAAUCCCCAACUUAUGACUGGACCAUGUUCCUGGUCUGUCAUAAGUCAGACAACUGUGCAUGUUGCAUGCAUCAGUUAUCUAGUUAAUUCUUUACUUUGUGUUACAUAUUCUUCAGAUUUAAUUUUUUACAUGUCCAUCACCCAAGUAAAUUGCACAAAAUAUUAAUUUGGUUUUAUUUAGGAAUAGCUCUUGUUACAUUGCAAGCAUUAAUUUUUUUCUAUUUGUAACUUCCAUUUAUUUUCAUUGUGAGUGCAAGCAGAUGCAAGUCAAAUUGAUCAUAAGUCAUUGACAGAACAUACUUAUGAAAGUACUUUUCUGUCCAUGUUUUUUUGUAAUGAUUUGAAAAUUGCAGUCAUUGCAUACAAUUUACCCUUUUUUUGUUAGCCAUGCUGUCAGAUGUAAACUCAAUGCUUUAUAGAGAAUAUCUGGUCACAGUUGAUGAAAGGCUGUUACUGCAAAUAAAAUCUGAUUAACCAAAACUUUUGCCUAUCAAGAGAUUUCUUUAUCAUCUGCAAGACAAAAGUUAUGAAUAUUUGAAACUGCACUUCUUACAUGAAGGGUUACAAAUAAAUAGUAGUUAGGUGCCUGUUGAAUGUGUUAAUGCCUAUAACAACAGACAUGAUUAUUCAAAUGAUCAAGAGUAUAUGAAUAUUGCUGUGCCACAGUACUAUUCUUAUUUUACAAAUUUCUUCGUACAUGGUCAAAUGAUUUUUUUUUAUUUGCUAGUGCAGAUGUAAUUUUAUAUUUUUAAUUUUAUUCACAUUGUAAAUAUUUCAAUUUGCAGAAUGCUGUUUUGUACUUAAGUACCUAACAUCAAACAAGUACUAACGUUUUUCUUUUACCUAAGUACAUUUUUAUGGCAACUAGGGAAAUUUAAUUUUUUUUGUACUUUCAUUAACAUUAAUGGUUUGAGUUUGAGAAGCAGUUGCAGUUUUAUCAUGGAUUUGUGGAUUUAGACAAUGUACUUAAGGGUAAUCUUUCUGCAUUUGAAGUACAUGUAUUAUGAUGUAGUAAAUCAGACAUGUACUCAGUUUAACAAGUGCAGUACCUAACAAAUAUGAAAUGUACAAUGAAAUCUUCUUUUUCCCCAUUCAGUUAUGGUAGGGAACAGGAAUGCCAAUGCUUUAUAGAAGAAAUAAAACUACCAUUGCUCAUAACAUUAUGUAGUCUUAGUUUAAGGUAGAAACAGUAAAUUGCUUUACUUGAAUACUAUAACUUUCUGUUGAACAUUUUGAGAUUUUAAUUAGACUCUGUCAAAUUAUGGUAGUACGUAUUCUGUACCACAUAUUAAGAGAUGUAUUUUGCCCAUUUAAAAUUUUAUGUUAACCACAUUUAUCAUUAUGUACUUUGUUACUACCUUCAUUGAUAAAAUAAAAUGAUGUGCAAGCUUUGUGGGCAGAAUUCAUAUAGUAUAUAAUAUGCCUCAGUAUCUCACUUCAGUCAUGUUGAAAUCAUGUUCACCAAAGUUACUAAGUGCCCCUUCCUCCUCCUUACAUUUCACAUAGUUUAUUUCUUUCCAUACGUAGGUGUAUGAAAUAGUAUUACUGUCUAUGGAAUGCUGAAUGAUUGCUCAGUAUUGCAACAUUGCCCAUCAUCAAUUGUAUAGAAUUUAUAUAAAGUUUAUUUAUAUUGUGGAUGAUCUAGUGUAUGAUUGAACUGCCAGAUGAAGGCCCAAAGACUGUUUAGACUAAUCAGUAGUGUACAGCUCAGACAGGGCACCUAUAAAAAAACCACAGGAAUACUGUGUAUGUGUAUUUGGUGCAAUGUCUGUGUACGCACAUAGGAUUUAUAUGUAACUGUCUGUGUUUUGCCAUCAUUGUUGAAUCACAGUGUCCUGGUUUUAAUUAUAUAUUGACUGAUGUAACAGUGUUAGACACACUUCCUCAUUAAGGAAGGGUGGAGCAGCAGGGUUUGGCAGGCAGCCAUAUUUCAUGAGAAGAGGGAAAAAUUAAUCUUCCAAACUUGACAUGCCAAACUUGUCUUUGUAAUUUUAGUUGUAAAAAGUCAAAUUAAUUAUAUCAAGUGACACCAUCAAGGCAAACAGUGACGGUAUGUUGUUACUAUGAUGUUUUGAAAGAUAACUGGUCAUGUUUCAAAGGGAUUCCAUGAAGUGUACUUCUUGUUAUCAAGUGGACAGAGUUGGCCAGUUAAUUUGUGAAAGAGCUGUGUUGUCAUAAACAUAUGUGGUCUGUACAGUGCACUUAACAUCCACGUUGAGUAUGUUUGAUUGUUUCUGUGAAACUUCUGUACACUGUAAGUAGUGCCCCAUUCUCAACGUCAUGUUUCGUGUAAUGCCAGAUAUACUCACCUCAUUGUUAUAUGUAAAGCUUCAUGUUGACCAGAUCAUCUUGCCUGCAUUAUUCACUCAUGAUACUGCAUUAGUUUUAAUUUCUUGAAUCCUGUGUUCUGGUGCUGUGUGGCUGUAGCAUCCCUUGACACUCAUCUCCCCAGCCUCUCUCUCUCUCUCUCUCUCUCUCUCUCUCUCUCUCUCUCUCUCUCUCUCUCUCUCUCUCUCUCUCUCUCUCUCAUGUUCUGUUUACCUCUUGUAACCUAACCAUUGUGUGUCACAUUCAUUCUUCAUCUCCCUUUUCUAUAAUCAUGGCCUGGGAUCUGGAUAACCAUUCCAUUCAUGUCUUGUACAGUAAUUAUUGUCCCUUAACGGUCCUAAGGUGUGUGCGUGUACUCGUUACAGUGGUGAGCCUUCCCAGUUGGGUGGUAGCCUUAUACAGCCUUCUAAAUACAGUAUCUAUUCCACUCUCUUUCUUUCUGUCUUUCUCUUUGCUUUUUAUCACAUUUGAUUUUUAUAUUUUAAUGGUUAUGAAUGUAAUUUUCAGCCUGAAAAUGCUGUACUAUUUAUUAAUACUAAUCAAUUUGGUAAGUGAACUUACAAUGGUAUUCCUGCUGUGCAGUUUUAUAGUUGAUUUCUUAAGGUUGGUCCCCAGGUAUGAAAUGCCAACUUUCAAAAAGUUUUGCAAAAAAAACCCAUAGAUAUGAUUUACAUAGUUUAGAAAAUUUAUAAUGAUACUAUUACUGUACUAUACAAUUAAAUAGCAUGGCAAUUUGUAGUUACUCUUGUCAAGAGAAUGAUAAUUCAAAGGUCUAAUGAGGAAAGCUACAACUUUAGAUACCAAAAUUUUCAUAUUGAAAAUAUUUUCUUUAGAAUUUAUCUCGUUUGCAUUGUUUUCUACCAUGAAUAGUUCAAGAGCCCUAAAAUCAGUGCAGAGGAAUCUUGAGGCCUGAACAUAAGCUGUUAGGUUACACGUUUUUGCCAGGUUCCAUAUUAAGUGAUUUUAAGUCAAUGGGAAAACUUUUAUCAUUCGGACCCUUUGCUCAUUUUGACAUGGAAGAAAAAUGAAAAAUAGGUAUUAGUUAAAAAUUUGUCAUUUCUACAUGAGAUUUUAAGAUUUUUUAUCAAAAUUCAUUUAUGAACUUUUUCUUCAUCCCAUUUGUGUAUGUAGUUUAAAAUAACUAUUUUAAGCAGUUGACAAUAACAUUUAAUUGUACUGGGAUUUAUAUUUUCUGUAAAAUAUUCUAUAUUUCAUAGACUCCUCACUGAAAUUGCCUUAGAUUUUUCAUUAUACGUAUUUGAAAAGCGAAGUGCAAACCACUGGUAUACACAUUACCUGUAAAUGAUAUAAAGGCAAUGAGGGUAGAGUCAACUGACUUGCAAGUAAAGGUGCUGUUUAAUCACCAUCGCUCACGUUUAGGGGAAAAAGUCUACCUAAGACUCAGAGGUCUGGAAAAACUAAGCCCUCUUAAUAAUAAUAAUAACCUAGGGGAAAAAGAUUGUUUUUAGUAAGUUUAGUGUAACAUUUCACCUAGUAUUGUAUAUUGGAAACCUUACUCCAUGAAUUAUUAACUUAAGUAUGAGGGGUUAGUACUUUUUAAUCAAAGAAAUAUAUAAAUAUCUUUAUACACUCAUGUACAUAUAUGUAUAGUACAUAUAUAUUUGUGUGUAGAUAAAAAGUGUUAUGGAAAGGGGAACAACAUGGUCCUAUACCCUGUUAUACUUUAUAUAUUAUUGGAAAGAAAGUUCAAGCAGGAGAAGAAUAACAGAGAGAAGAAACAUAAUAAGAUUAUAUUAAGAAGCGAGAGGUUAACAGAACAACAAAAAAUAAAGCAAUUUUUCAGCAGAUAAGUACAAGGUACACAUUAACAUGAGUUCAAGGGCAAGGUUGUCAAAAUAAUUCCAUGAUAUGAGGUCCAAACAUUAGAUCUUCACUGAGUUUGCCUUCACCACCUCCUGCACUACAGUACAAGCAUCAGUCUCGUCAUUAAUAGGUGGUGAGGGGAUAUAGUAAAAGUAGGAGUAGUAAUCGAUACAAGAUGGGCAUAGGGGUGUAUACAAUUGCCCCUCCAUUAACAUGCCCACUUCUUUAGCUAAAAGGCAACAUACAGGUGAUAAACAGCAUCUACAGUUCAGUGAAAAUUCCAUGGUUGUCUGUAAAGAAAAUAAUUAUAUGAAUUAGGUAUAUUACAAUUCCACAACUUCCAGAUCGUAAGUUCUUCAUUCAAUAAUAGUUAACUAUCUAAAGAUAAAGGUUACUGUCUUUGAUAAAUUGAUAUUUACAAUAGUCAGGUCCAGAAAAUAAUAUUAUAUUGAUUUCCUUUCACUUUUGACCAAGAUUUUAUUUUAUUACUCACAUUACGAAUUUUUACGAUGGCUUCACUUAUUCUGUUUUAUCUUAUGCAGGUGAAUUUUAUGUAUAAUAUGUACUUCAGUUACUAGUAUAUACUUGGUAUCGUCAUUGCCGUUAUCAUAAAAUGACCCAGAUUUAAUUUGAAAACAAAGAUAAAUGUCAGUGUAAGCAUUAAGUUAGAAAUUAAAGUCAAUUUUAUGUUGUUAAUUGUUUGUGGUUCUUAUAUGUUAAGAAGGCCUAACAUAGCAACCAGCUUGGGAGGAGAGCAGAAGCGAUUGCUCUCCAAGGCGGUCAAAGAAAGACUAUCGGUGACCAGCUUCCACCUCGUAUAUGCACAAGUUGCCAGAUGCCACAGAUUCCCUGCUUUACAAUCUUUGAUUGUUUUUAACUGGUUUCCAGCUGGCGCAAGUAGAUUAUCCUAUUGUUAAGACUGAGGGUUUGUUAGCCAUGAAAAAUACAAAUGGAUUAAAAAUUUGUCAUUUUUCAUGUAAAUGGGGACAUGUUUGUGAGGAAAUUUUUGUUCAUUUUCCACUCCUAAAUGCAUUUUAUUCCUCUUUCUGACUCUCAUUUGAUACCUCGAAAAUGCUCAGCUACACUUACCAGCAGCAGGUUUGGUUAGGAAAACAUGGUAUGGCAUAUUUUCUUCAUCCUUUCUUUAUUUUCCUCGGUAAAUAAUAUUUUUUAGAUAAGGUUUUUUCGUUUUAUUUCCAGUAAAUAUAUUCAGUAUUGAUAUAUUCUUGUUAUAAACUACCAGCCUUCUUGGGUUUAACAGUCAUGGGUUCAUCUAAUCCAGAUGUUAGUAGUCAUAUAUGAGCUCAUAAUUUCUUUUCCCUCUAGUUCUGGCACGUUGCUUUUUCUUCGUUGGUGUUCCUUUAGACAAUUUCUCCACACGUACAGUAUUUAGUAAUUGUGAAAGCACCUGUAAUUGCUGUUUGUAGAUUCUUGAUACUUACGAACUAGUUGGAUAUUGACAGCACAAUGCCAUGAUGAAACCCAUCGCACUUCCAGCUUUUGCUGACCAUCUGUGUUUACUGACUUGCUUCGGAAUCAUCUUUACUUCUGUUGGUUUUUGUUAGUGUGCAUUAAAAUAUUGAAUGAAAAAUAUGAAGAUUCUUUUUAUGUUAAGAGGAUGCUCCUACAUUAUUUGCAUGAUACUGCAAGAUCCAAAUAAGAAAAAUGCAGCCACAGUGGAUAAAGUCUUGACAUUCAUGGCCGUUUUGCCUCACUUUUGUUAUUCAUAAUAAUGGUUGAAUAUCUUCUCCUUAUGGUGUUUUGAUUAACCUUGGCUCAUUUUUCAAUCUCAGCGAACACUGAAUAUUCACAAACUAAUAAGAUUUUGUUUACUGUAAUGAUGCAAUAUAUUGUCAGUAAUUUGAAGAGGGAUGACAUUUCCAUAUUCUAAGUAGUCAUAUGUUUUUGUUACAUAUUGUCAAUAACAGUUAAUUCAAGGGAUGCCUGAACAGAAUACUAUUGCCAAAAUAUUUCCAGUGUACAAACGGUUUUGAUUUGAUCUUUUCUAGAAUGAGUCAUUUAUUAUGGGGCUUGAAGACCUACAAUACUAUCGUAGAACCGUUCCAAUUUGAUUUAUACCAUAUCUUAAAAAGCUGAUUUUGUGGGUACAGUACUGUGUAUAAUAUUAUAUUGGAAGAUCACUUGGUAAAAUGAAAUUGUUCAAGAUAUCUUAAUUAAAGUAAAAAAGAAUGAUAUUCAUGAUACGCCGUGGAUUCGAAAGAGAUACGACGCUUGGACCGUGAAGGUAGCAAAGAGACGUUUGUGGUUGCUAAAUCACGGGGGUAAAGUUGUAGCUUUAUUCAUUGGAGCCAAUUAUGGUAUUGUGUGCUGCGCCAUGCAAUGUGGUUCUAAAGUGCAUGUUAAAAUUAAGCAACUUCUCUAAAAAGUACUUUCUUCCGCAAAGUCUAGUCUGGGUCCCAAUAGUUUUCCUGUGAUGAUAAAGUGUGGUGUAUAGUGUUUAGUGAGCCCUCCAAACCUUCUACCUCUUAAACCUUUCCAUAACCCUUAGUGUUCUUCAAUACAGUAUUAAUGCUAAAAAAAAAUGGCUGCAAAUGUUACACUUACCAUUGUAUCACAUCUUGCAACAAAUUGUGGCCCGGGGGGCAAAUCUUUAUUUUUCAUACAUUCUAUAGAUUUUUUUUUAUAAUAUACAGUAUAUAUAUAUAUAUAUAUAAAUAUGUUCUAUAAGGCUGGGUAUUUUAUAGUUUUAAUUUUUUCCAGCAAGACAGCACCAGUCUUAUAAUCUUGUCAGUGUUUUGUGCCAUUGUAUGAUUAAUUCUAGGACAAAUGGGCAAUAAAUGAGUUAACGUUUAAAAAUUACCGAAACUAACUGUAUUUUUAGUAUAUAUUUUGUAAUGGUUACUUUUCAUGGAAGCUUGCUCACUCAGUACAAUUUCAACAGAAUCUUGAUCAACUCGGUUAUCAAGGCAUAACCAGCAUGGUCUCUGUAGAGUCAAUGAAGAAUCCAAAAGAUCAAAUGUGGACUGGCCAGGUAUAUUUUAUGUACCAAAUCAUCUCCCAAGUUUAGCUAUACAGUAUAAGUAGAUUGUUGAGAUGUAGAUUAAAUGAGCCCAACCAAAGUCUCGGUGAUCGCCUCAGCUCUGGUGUGCUCUCCCAAGGACGCAGACAGACAGAUUGAGGCUCCCCACCAAUCAAUCCUCCUACUACUAUUACUAAUCCUCUGACUGUUCAUCCUCAUCACCAUCUUUUGGUGAGGCUUUGCUGUGUUGACUUCCGUCAAUUUUAUGUUGAAUACUAAUGCCAAGAUCCUGUCUCUCAAAAAAAAGGUAAAUAAAUAAAAAGGAAGAAAAAAAAUGAACCUUUCUAUUUGUAGAGGUCAACUGCUGUUCACUUAGACAUCUAGUACAGAUGGUCAAGUUACAUGAGGUCAGGGUCAUGGCUUUUCUUUUACAUAUCUUGUGUCGUCUUCUCUUUUGUUACAUCAAAAUACUUCAAAAAUCAUGUAAAAUAUCAUUAAAUAAACAAUGAUUUCUUAAGUAAA